AUGUUACAAUUGAUGUGAUCAAUCUUUCGAGUUCGAACAAAUUAUCGUAAUCUACGAGUGCCACAGGCUUCAUAGAAAGUGGUGCAUUGAACAAAUGUAGGUGUACAGAGAAGCUUAAGUAUUUAUCGAAAUCUUGGGUAAAUACGGCUGUCAAUUUAAACGGCAUUGCCUUUUACCCCGGAGUGCGCAGUUUCUCCGCGUGCUACCGACUACCCAGAGCUUUACUUAGUUACUGUAAAUAAUACUGUCCAGCAAAGGAGUUUUAACGAUUUGUCAACACUUACAGGCAAGAUACCCGUGAACAUGGAUUAAAUUUCUACAAAAUAACUUCCUUAACCGAAGACUGGUCAACGAAAAUAAUGAUACCAUGGGUGCUGUAGAUAUACACUGAUUGAGAGACGAAGGCCGACAGAAUUUGGACAAGUUUGCUGUAGAGAUAUCAGAAUUAACAUGGCUGUGGCACUGACCUAUCGGGAUUACCACAACAAAUCCUUCAGCAAGUUUGAGCUGAAGAUGAUGGAACUGGAGGAUCUUAAGAACGAGGCCAACAGACAUGUCGGCCGCCUCAACUCGCUCAAAAUGCGUUACAUGGACUGGUUUCUCCGAUGCCAGCAGUCCUUCCUAGACUCCAUAAAACUCAUUCACAUUCUGGGAGGUGACCUCUUACCUCGGGAAAUCAACAGCAUCCGAAACUUCAAAAAAGUCAUGAGAUUUUCUGGACAGUUGCCUAGCAACGGAACACCACGUGACAGCAGUAAAGGGAAAAUGAUUGGCUUUCUCCUUUUCUGGGAAGAAAUGCUGAUGCUUAAACGCGAAAAUGACGCUUUGUAUAGAAAGAUUUGUGACUUUUGUAAUAGCAUUCGUCGGCUGAGAGAACCAAUAUUAAAGGACGAGAUUGACCGUUUGCACCAACGCCUCAACUUGUUCCUUUCUGAGGACUACGACUUCACCUCAAUCUCGAACGACCGUCACAAUCUCUUUACGUACCGUGUUGCCCUACAUGAUCACAGAUAUCACGGCCUCGUGUCCUACAUCCCCUUCUUGCUCAGUAUUGCUAACAAACUGUGUUACUGGACCUCUAAACUCUACAUCGAGUUCCUGUAGUCUUGUAGUACUCAUCGAAGAUAAUUCCCAACCUCUAGCCCAUGAUAUUUACAGUAAUGUUUUAAACAAUCUAAAACAGUAAUGUGUUAAACACCCCACCCAUAUUCCUCUGUGAAAAGGUCAAGCUGAAAAGAUUUGGAAUCUGUAUGAUUUUUUUAUAUUGUUUGCUCUGUUUAGAAAUGUGUUUUUAUCUAGGAAUUGUUUUGUAUGAAUUGUUAAGUAUAUUGUCAGUUAUUGUUUAUGUUUGUAUCAUUUAUUAAGGAAAAUAAAGUGAUAUUUUCGUAA